AUUCUACGUCGGUGCGUGCCAUCAUUCAACCAACAGAACAGCGCGAGCUGCUUGUUAUUCGCCUCAUCAGGAUUCGGCCCGUAUGGCUCUAUUGCCUUUUUUGAAAGAUAUUCAUACAUCGGACCGACUUUAGAGCAUUGAGCGCGUUCUGAUUUCGUUUCAUGUAUUUAAGUGUUUACCUGGCUACAGUUAGCAGGCUAACUAGUUUAGCUAUCUCGCGAGUGAAUCGAUUCUCGGCUGCUAUCUGCUACAAAUAUCACUCAUGCUCCUUUUUAAAGGAUUAUGGCACAUAUCUACACGUAACACAGGGCUGUGAUCUCGGGUCGGACAUUGAGGGUCUUGUGAAAGGAAAAGAGAAUCCGACUGAAGACCAGAUGUUCCUCUGACACAAGCAAAAAUGAUGCCUAUGAUCUUAACGGUGUAUUUGAGUGAUGGGGAGCAAGCCCUGACGGAGGUGCCCAUCACUCCAGAGACGACGUGUCGUGAUGUGGUGGAGUUCUGUAAGGAAACAGGGGAAAGUGGUUGCCACCUGGCUGAGGUGUGGCGUGGAAAUGAGCGAGCCAUCCCCUUUGACCACAUGAUGUAUGAGCACCUGCAGAAAUGGGGUCCCAGAAAGCAGGAGGUGAAGUUCUACCUGCGUCAUGAAGACUCGCCCACUGAAAGCAGUGAUCAGGGGAGUCAACAGUCACAGGAGCAGCCCAGCAGGAGAGAAGGAAGCAACUCAGAUGUGCACAACGAGAACGGGGUGGGAAACCCUCGCGUUGAGCUCACUCUCUCUGAGCUGCAAGAGAUGGCCACUCGUCAGCAACAACAAAUUGAGGCCCAGCAACAGAUGCUUGUCGCUAAGGAGCAACGCUUGCGUUAUCUGAAGCAGCAGGAGCGGCGGCAGCAGCAGGCUGUGUCUGAGACAGACAAACUGCAGAGGGUGAAAGAGAGGGUGGAGAGUCAGGAAGCCAAACUCAAGAAGAUCCGUGCCAUGAGGGGACAAGUGGACUAUAGCAAAGUCAUCAAUGGCAACCUGUCUACAGAGAUUGAGCACAUCAGCGAGCUGUUCCAAGAGAAGCAGACAGAGCUCCAGGCCGCUGUGCUCCGGGUAGAUCAGCUCAGCCAGCAGCUGGAGGAUCUGAGAAGAGGCAAACUGAAUGGCCUGCAGACUCUCGGGGGUCAGGUCACUGGAACUGCUGCCCUGGAGCUCCGCAAACUCUACCAGGAACUGCAGAUCCGCAACAAGCUGAAUCAGGAGCAGAACAGUAAACUGCAGCAGCAGAAGGAGAUGUUGAACAAGAGGAACAUGGAGGUGACACUGAUGGACAAGCGGAUCAGUGAACUCCGAGAUCGACUGUACAAGAGAAAAGCUGAGGCACGUCAAAAAGAGAACCUUCCUCUAAAUAGAGUAAAUGGUCCACCCUCUCCACAGCCAGCUCCUGGAAAUACUGGCCGUGUGGCUGCCGUGGGACCCUACAUUCAGGUCCCAGUGCCAGGAAGGCUGGAGGGUUAUGUAGUGUCUCCCGAACCCCUCAAACCUCAGUCACUGGGGGCCAACACCCCAGCCAACCACGCCCGCUCCAAAUCAGACGGAGUGAGAAAGCCUCCCGGCCCCUGGAAGGUCUCUGAUUUAGACAUCAUAGUGGACCCGAUUGCUCCGCCCCCUUCAGAGCCUCGACCAGGCACUGGGGCUCCACUCCCAGUCACCUGCGCUACUGAUGCCAGUUGGCCCACCCUCAACAAGGGCAGCAUGUCAGUCAAGCUACCUGACUGGAAGGAGGCAGGAGCAGACACAGUCAGUAAAGCAGCAUCACCUGAAGGCACUCCCUCAGAUAAGAUUCAGGACUCCAAUAAAUCAGGCUCAGCUCCUCCUCUCAAUAAGCCCCAGCCUCCCCCAUAUGGAGCCCAUACCAGCAACCAUCCCCUCUCAUCUGCCAACUCUGGUUCCACUAGCUCUUUGGACCGCCGCAAAGAAGUUCCUCUCCGGCCUGUGCCCAGCCUACCCAGCAACCCUCUGCCAGCCUGGCCCCGUGUUCCUUCUGUGCCCUCCGGCUCAUCCUCUCAGCAGAUCCAGCAGCGCAUCUCGGUUCCCCCCAGCCCCACUUUCCAGCCCAGUCCACCCCCAGGAGAGAGGCCAGACCCUCCUCUGGCAGUAGCGGUGAGGCCGUUCAUCCCAGAUAAGGGCUCUAGACCACAGUCUCCCAGGAAAGGCCCAGCCACCAUGAACUCAAGCUCCAUUUACCACAUGUACCUACAACCGGCAGCCCCAAAGAGUUACCCUAUGAACAACAAGCCAGCAGUCAAAGCAGUAUACGGUAAGCCAGUCCUGCCCCCCAGCUCCACACCCCCUUCUCCCUUACCAUUUGGGGGCUCUGGAGCCUUCCCUGCCCUGCAGGGUCCUGGAGGAGACAUGGUGGAUGGCGAGCUGGAUUUCGAUGGUCUUAACAUAGGUGUAACUGAGCCACCCCCACCCAGCGUUGACCACAUCCCACGACCUCUAAGCCCUACUAAACUCACACCCAUGGUACACUCCCCUAUGCGCUACCAGAGCGAUACUGAACUGGAGGCCUUGCGCAAGAAACUGGCUAAUGCUCCUCGACCGCUUAAAAAACGAAGCUCUAUUACAGAACCGGAGGGCCCUAACGGGCCCAACAUCCAGAAGCUUCUAUAUCAGCGUUUCAACACCCUGGCUGGAGGGAUGGAGGGAGGAAUGGGAGGUGUGAGCGGAGGUGGAGGAGUGACUCCAUUCUAUCAGCCCUCCUUAACAGCAGGUGAAAUGCUCUUUGACGCAGACAAUGGAAAUCUGCCAUCGGAAACACCAGCAGUGCCCUCUGGGGGUGCUGUUGCUGAGGGCAUUAUCCCUCAAGGUGACGCCAAUGAUAAUGAGCACCAUGAGCAAGUGGCAGAGACGUUAACACCUCCAGCACCAGAACCCUCAGAAGACAGUAACAAUAAUCCUGCUGAACAUUCAGUCACCUUGCCGAGCCCUGUAGCUGAGGCCAGCACACCUGAGGAAGCAGACACCUCUCCCUUCUCCCAGCCCAUGGGCAAACGCACUAACCUAAAGAAGCCAAACUCAGAGCGGACGGGUCAUGGCCUAAGAGUGAAGUUCAACCCUCUCGCCCUGUUGCUGGAUGCCUCACUAGAGGGGGAGUUUGACCUAGUACAAAGGAUAAUCUAUGAGGUUGACAAUCCCAGCACCCCUAAUGAUGAGGGCAUCACACCUCUCCAUAAUGCAGUGUGCGCUGGACACCACCACAUUGUCAAGUUCUUGCUGGACUUUGGUGUUAAUGUGAAUGCAGCAGACAGUGAUGGCUGGACGCCCUUGCACUGUGCUGCUUCCUGUAACAGUGUGCACCUAUGUAAGCUGCUGGUGGAGUCGGGUGCAGCCAUCUUUGCCACCACUAUCAGUGACGUGGAGACAGCGGCAGACAAAUGUGAGGAGAUGGAGGAGGGCUUCAUACAGUGCUCACAGUUCCUCUUUGGUGUGCAGGAGAAGUUGGGUGUAAUGAAUAAAGGAGUUGUUUACGCUCUGUGGGAUUAUGAGGCUCAGAGUGCAGAUGAGCUUUCCUUUCAGGAGGGUGAUUUCAUUACAGUCCUAAACAGGAAAGACGAUACUGAGACAGAGUGGUGGUGGAGCAAACUCAACGACAAAGAUGGCUAUGUGCCACGUAACUUGCUGGGGUUGUACCCCAGAAUAAAACCACGUCAGAGAUCUCUAGCAUAGCCUUCAUCUUGGCCACGCCCUUUUCCUGAAUGAUUGACUGAACUGAUGUCUUGGAGUGUAGAGCCUCCACUGGUCACCUCUAUGUGCCACUUUGUCCACAGAAGGGGUGAAGCUGCUAAACCCUGAACCCUCACCGGAUUCACAAUCAACUGCGCUACACACAAACACACACUCUUCGAUGAACACUAAUAAAGUCCAAACAAACAGCCUCAGGUUUCUAGGUCUUCCUCCAUCAUCUCUGCUGCCAGACAUCAAUACAUCCCCCUCCAGUCCUCACAUAUGGGUUCUUAUAUCUUAUCAAAUUUAUAAUAGCUUUACAUCACACCUUGGGGAUCAAAGAUCUAAUCACCUUGACAAGAGCUUUACUUUGUGUUUGUAAGCUUUAGUUUUUUGGGCAUAAUGCUUUGCUGAGAGGACGAGUUGCAGGCAGUCUUUCGGUGCUCUUUGUCAGGGAGGGAUUUCUAUGUGCUGUGGACUGAAUGAGUGUUUUAUGAUGAUAUGCGAGUUCAGAACAAAAGAGUUGCACAAGUGUGUGCAUGUAUUGAUUUUAUAACUCAUAUAUAUAAAAGUUGUUCCAGAUAAGAACAAAAAUAUACAUAGUUUGCAUAAAACGAUUAUUCUGACCUAUUACUGAGAAAAGCCAUACUGUAUGCAUAUUCUGUGUAUAUGGCAUGGUUCAUAAAAGGUGCAUAGAAGUGAGAGGAUGUAUGGGUUUCAUUUGGAUUUUAUGUUAUGAGUGUGAUUUUUCUUUUUUCACUGCAGUGAGCAUCAUAGACAAGUGUGGAAUGCAUUUUGUGUGCAUUUUAGAAAGGGUGUGCAGAGAGAGAUUGAGUUGAAUGGUAAUAAUCAUUGUAAAAAUAUUCAGUAUUUUUAGAGUACAUGGAGUGACACUACAGGUGAAACUCGAAAAAUUAGAAUAUCGUGCAAAAGUUCAUUAAUUUCAGUAAUUCAACUUAAAAGGUGAAACUAAUAUAUUAUAUAGACUCAUUACAAGCAAAGUAAGAUAUUUCAAGCCUUUAUUUGAUAUAAUUUUGAUGAUUAUGGCUUACAGCUUAUGAAAACCCCAAAUUCAGAAUCUCAGAAAAUUAGAAUAUUACAUGAAAUCAAUAAAAAAAAGGAUUUUAAAUACAGAAAUGUCGGCCCUCUGAAAAGUAUAAUCAUGCAUAUGUACUCAGUACUUGGUUUGGGCCCCUUUUACAUUAAUUACUGCCUCAAUGCGGCGUGGCAUGGAUGCUAUCAGCCUGUGGCACUGCUGAGGUGUUAUGGAAGACCAAGAUGCUUCAAUAGCGGCCUUCAGCUCUUCUGCAUUGUUUGGUCUCAUGUCUCUCAUCUUUCUCUUGGCAAUGCCCCAUAGAUUCUCUAUGGGGUUCAGGUCAGGUGAGUUUGCUGGCCAAUCAAGCACAGUAAUACCAUGGUCAUUAAACCAGGUUUUGGUACUUUUGGCAGUGUGGGCAGGUGCCAAGUCCUGCUGGAAAAUGAAGUCAGCAUCUCCAUAAAGCUUGUCUGCUGAAGAAAGCAUUAAGUGCUCUAAAAUGUCCCGGUAGAUGGCUGCGUUGACUCUGGACUUAAUAAAGCACAGUGGACCAAUUAUGACUUCAGUCUAUAUGAAGUUUACAGUGAAUUUCAUGACAUUUUUAAGAUCCUCGAUUAAACCUAAACAUUUUGAAGUAAUACAUCUAUAAAUACAGUAAUACCUAUAAAAAGUUUGAAGGACAUUACCCUGUUAUGCAGAGUCCAGGCUGUUAUAAAAUGACAAAGGAUGUGAUUGUGAUCAUUGAACUUGUUCCAGAUCUACAAUUAUGAGAAAUUCAGCUUUAGUUCAUACACUACGCGGUUGUCCUAUAGACCAUCUAGAGGCGUUUAUUUUUAUGGAUGAGACUCUUCAGUGUACUACUGAAUAAACUGCUUUUGUGAGCAAACAGCUCAGCACUUAAUGAACUGACCGCCUGUCCACUAAUCUUCAAAGUGUUACACUAAACAACAGGUGGAUGUCAGUAUUCGCCUCUCUCCGGUUAUUUGUGUGAUGGGGUGCCUCGGAUCGUUCCUGGCAGGGGGAACACCGCUCUGGUACAAACGCGGAGGAUGUAAUGACGGUAUCACUGAUUCGGCUUUCUUAGCCCCACUGGUGGAAGAGCUAACAGUUGCCCCAAUAAAUAUCAACCAUUGUUUCUUCAGAAAUAAUUCAAAUCCAUAUGUAAUACAAGAGCAACUAAGCUUCUUUUCAAAUGUUCUACGUAAUUUAUUUAUUUAACAGUGGAGGCGCUAUUAAGUUACUACAGUCGUAUUGGUGCAACAAUAACACAAUUAUUUUGGAAACUAUGGUUGCCAUGGUACAUGUGUGUAAGGGGAGUUUGCCCCGAAAUCUUUUAUACGAGUUAACAACCUCCGUGUUUUAACCGCAGGCAGUAGAUUUAUGGUCAACUAACGCAUUACGACAGUAGGUCACCAUUUGCGGAUACCAUACAAAUGAGUGAGAACUGUAAACAGACACCAAACUGUCGCAAAAUUGUCAGUUUCCCCAUCUAAAACAGCGAUUUUAUCGGCGUAAACUCCUCAAAUAUUUUUCCAAGAAGAUUGUUUUGUGUAAACCAUGAAGACGGCAGGACAGGCGGCCAAUCCACUAAGUAAUGAGCCGUUUCAUUACAAAAGCACAUUGAAGCAUCUCUUCCUAGACAUCCAUUCAAAAAGAACGACCUCUGUGGUCUCCCAGCUGAUGUACAGUCUAUGGGACCGCUUCGUUAUGCCAGGCUUGAUACAAGGACUCUGGUUUGCCUUCCUUCCUGUAUUAUCUCAAUUGUUUAGAUUUCAAAUUAGGAUAAAUUAAUCAAAAGGUACUCAGAGAUGUAGAUCGUAUCAUGACCACACAAGACGAAGUUUAAGAUCUUGACAGCACGGUCAAAAAGAAACGGUUGAAAAAGUACGUUUAAUCUAAGAACAUGCAGAUGCCUUUGAAUAUUUAGCUCAAAGAAAGGCCGGACUUGUCUAAAAAGAGCUGGAGGGGCUUCCUUCCGGUUUUUAACUAGGGAUAAUUUGGAAUGAGACAAGUAAUGCUACUCCUGUAGCAAAACUGUAAAUGCAGAGUUCUCUUCUAUUAUUGCUCCCGUUGUAUAAAACUGCCUUUAAAAGUAAAAAAUAAUAAUGAUGCGUCGCUCUAUACAACGUGUUAAAAGGCUUAAGAAUUUAUACAUGGACACUGCAUAAAACCACUUGCAUUUUAUGCGAACCAGUCCAUUUCACCAAAUUUACUUCAAAUCAAAUUAAAUGCCAAAAACAAGCUCCCGCCAUCAGCUAGAUACAACAGAAGAUCAAUAUUUUGUCAGCUUUAGGCAGCUGGAU